CCCGCGGGGCGGGGGCAGCGAGUGCGGCCUGCGGGUGGGGCGGCCCCCAUGGCCGGGCAGUUCGACUCCGAGGACCGGGGGAGCUGGUACUGGGGGCGGCUGAGCCGGGCCGAGGCGGUGUCGCUGCUGCAGGGGCAGCGCCACGGGACCUUCCUGGUGCGCGACUCGGGCACCAUCCCCGGAGACUUCGUGCUCUCGGUGUCUGAGAGCUCCCGCGUCUCGCACUACAUCGUCAACAGCCUGGGGCCGGCGGGAGGCCGGAGGGCCGGCGGCGAGGGCCCUGGGGCCCCGGGGUUGAACCCCACCAGAUUUCGAAUAGGUGACCAGGAGUUUGAUUCUUUGCCAUCUUUACUGGAAUUCUACAAAAUACACUAUUUGGACACUACAACCUUGAUAGAGCCAGUUUCCCGAUCCAGGCAGAAUAGCGGCGUCAUCCUCAGACAGGAGGAAGUUGAAUAUGUGCGAGCUCUCUUUGACUUUAAUGGAAACGAUGACGAAGAUCUUCCGUUUAAGAAAGGAGACAUACUGAAAAUCCGGGAUAAACCUGAAGAGCAAUGGUGGAAUGCAGAAGACAGCGAAGGAAAGAGGGGAAUGAUACCUGUUCCUUACGUCGAGAAGUGUAGACCUUCCUCUGCUUCAGUAUCUACUCUGACUGGAGGUAACCAGGAUAGUUCCCACCCACAACCACUGGGUGGGCCGGAGCCAGGGCCCUAUGCCCAGCCCAGCAUCAACACUCCGCUCCCUAACCUUCAGAAUGGCCCUAUUUAUGCCCGGGUUAUCCAGAAGCGAGUCCCUAAUGCCUACGACAAGACAGCCUUGGCUUUGGAGGUCGGUGAGCUGGUAAAGGUCACAAAGAUUAACAUGAGUGGUCAGUGGGAAGGAGAAUGUAAUGGCAAACGUGGUCACUUUCCAUUCACACAUGUCCGCCUGCUGGAUCAACAGAAUCCUGAUGAGGACUUCAGCUGAGUGUGGCUCAACAGUUGCGCUUGCAGAUGGGAACAAUCUCAACUUGUUUUUAUUGCAGAUGCCAUCCAGACUGUGUUCUGACAGAGGCUGAAAGCGGUAUUGCUUGUAUAAGCAUUCUGAUAACCUGCAAACCCCUGGGACUGAGCACCACCAUUCCUUAAUCAAGGGUCACGUAAUUCAGGGUACGACAGUAGAUAAGUUGUGUGUCAAGUGGCAGAACUAGUACAUGAUUAUAGGUUGUAAUGCCUGCUUAUGUCCAUGUGCACAGCAGACUGGACCUUGCCAGGAGCAUCAGCUGGAGAGAGCAGUAACAGAGACGUUAGGACAGCAUUUACAGCUCUCUCCAGUCCUUUUCUUUAUGUUGCUUCUUCCUCAGGCAAUGAACAUCAACCUUAGACAAUUCAAUGUAUAGAUAGUUUGUUUGGGUUGGUUUUUUAUUCCCCACAAAUUUAUCCUGGAGCUUUCUCCAUUUUAUUUUUUCCAUCCUGAAUUCUCUGUCCUAGAAAUGCUGUGUAGUACUUUGCAUGGUGAGUUAACUAUGCACAGUACAGAUAUUUUAGAGCACACUGGGGACAGCCUUAUGAUUUACAAAUACAUACCAUUUUAAUGGUAAAUGACAGAACAAAUCAACCUCAGAAUUCUGGACGCUGGUGGACACUAGAUUGAUUUAUUCAGUACUGUUGAUGCUUCAGACAUAGCAGCUAAUUUUAAUUUAAAUUUUCUAUUAACACGCCAGUAACUCUUUAUCCACAAAUAGAAGGCUUAUUGAAGUGUAAACGUCCAUACCAGUGCUGAAAAAUAAAUGUGUAAAAGCACUUUAAGGCAUAGCUUUAAAGCAGUGUUUGAUUCACUAAAUGUACUAAAACGUUUACACUGCUUUGAGGAAAAGAUAAAUUCCAUAGGGCCAGUCUAACUAGUGUAGAACUGUUCAAUACCCGUAUGCAUUACAGUACAAAUCAUUGUCAAAAGUGGUGAACUGACAAAGCAAAUACUACUUCUAUUUUGAAAUCACUCUGGGGACUCUUCUGGCUUAAUUCUCAUCUGUAAAAUAUUUGAUAGUGAAUUCAUGAGGAUUUUAUUUUUAAUAAACUAAUGGAAAAUACUUGUGUGCUUCUGGAUUGAUUUUCAAAAGGAGUAAUAGAGUCACUCUGGCUUCAUAGCUCACAAUGCAAAUCAGUGCGUUGGAUAGUUGGUAAUAUGCACUGCUUGUUGGUUUUGUUUGUUGUUUUCUAAGCCUGUUCUUCUAAUUAUCUGGUUUUCUCUAACAUAAAUCAGAAUGGAUUCAGUAAGUUUUGUAAACUGAAAUUAAACACUGAAGUAAUGAACCCUUGUCUGUACCCUGGAUUGCUUUCCAAAUACAGCACUCAAGUGACCAAGCAAACAAAUUCUCUAACUUUGACUAGGUUAUAACCACACAGAACAGCUGUUUCUAAAUAGUAUCAAACUGAAGAUGUUGAUGUGGUUGAUACAAACUGUGCCAGGCUAGAAUGUCUCACUGGCUGUAGAUGCUGUGAGGGCCAGUUUUCCCACUGCAAAUGCCAUUGCUGCAAGGCACCGACCCAGCAGACAGAAUACUGGUAACACUUUACCUCAGAACUGUGUAACAUGCUGGAAACGUUAAUAUUUGUUAUAUUUAAGUACUAGUUGCUUCAGAACUAAUUCAUUAGCAGGUCUAAUUUUCAGGUAACGGGCACCCGAUAAUUCUGUAAAUGAAUGCCAAUGUACAUUAAUUGUACUUUUCUAUCACCAAUCCCUUAAGCAGUACUAAAGAUUAUUAGCAAACUGAUAGUUGUUAUAACAGCAACCCAAGAAUAACAGUAAGGAAGGAAUUGCAGAGCUGUUCCAGCUUGGAUGGUUCUUCUGGGCAGGGUGAUCUGCUGCUCUGAUUGAGAGAUCACUUCUAGCUCUGUACUCAGUCUCCACUGGGGAAACAAAUUCAGAACCUAACUCAAGGGCCAGGAACAAAUUGAUGUAUUUAAGGCUAAGCUGUAUUUUUCCUCUGGUCUUACUGCUUGUUGCCACUGAUUUUUCACUAGCUGCAUUCUAAUGCAGGCGUAACACUGAGUGUAUCACUUGCCCAUAUAUGCUAAUACUUCAGGUUUUACAGAAGCAGCACAACAAACUGUUCUUAGAGUGACGCAGUUUGUUCUGAAGCAUUUUUUUUCCAGUUGCAGUUAAUUGAAGUCCAUACGUUUAUACCUUUCCAGUCAGCAGUUAUUUUAAGAGAGCAAAAUAACUUUUUUUUUUUUCCUGAAAGGAAUUUUAUUAUGCAAACCUUGCCUUUUUAAUACGAAAGACAUAAAUGGAGUUGUUGACUAGCAAAUACCCUGCAAAGUUUGUAGAUGUGUUUUUGUGAAGACUGUAUAAAUUGCAAAUAUUUGUACACUUUGAGAGAGCAAAAAAGAAAGUAGAGGAGUCUUAAUAGCUGCUGUUGCACUAGAAUCUUAAGUUCUUGUCAAGCAGUUUUUCUUAAUCAACCAAUACAUCCAUGCAGCUGUUUUCCACUGUUCAGUUCUAAGCUGAAAUGUGAGUUUUUUUCAUAGGUGAUAGAAAUUAAUGUUUGCGUUUGUGCGAAAUAGACAUUUCAACUUACCGAGCUCUUUUAAAGGAAAAUAGCUAGACCAUGAUCAUGUAGAUUAAAUCCUCUGUGGCCUUUGUUUAUCCUCUUCUGUUUGUUCUCUCCCUCUUCCCAGUGCGUGCAAAGAAUCAUUGCGAAGACAUUGGUCACAAUCUUUUGUCUCUGUCUGGCUGUGGUUUUGCUCUGUUGUGCAUAGGCAGGUGUUAGAACUAGAAUAAUAACUUCUAGAAUACACCGUGAAAGCAGAAUGCUCAAUUACACUGUGUUCUUCUGGUGCAUUUACACAUUCUAUCACACUAAAAGUACAACUGGCUGCUAUGUUUUUUUAAUAUAGAUUUCAUUUUGGUAAACCCCAGCCUUUUUACUAAUAUUUGACCUGGUUAAAUCUUGUUAAUCUGUUUGAAUUGUAUUUGUUAAUAAUGCAAAUAUUUCUAAUCAUCUUAGGAAUAAAACACUUUGUUUUUGUUAAUGGUUUUGGGGAAGGAUUCUAACCAAACCAGUUUGAAGAGAAAUAUGAACAUGUGCCAUUGUAUUAUAACACUAUCCACUUUCUUGACAGUUAAAAGUCUUUUUUUUAAUUAUUUUUUGUAGCAUGUAAUGUAUAUGUUCAUAGUAUGUGAAGUAAAUAAAAGUAUAGCCAGAA